UCGACAAGUCGUAGAAGUGUAUAUCUUAUCUUGCAAAGUUCGUGAUUUUGGAGAAACGUUUAUCUUUUUGUUAUGCGAAACAUACGGACUUUGAUGCCAAACAGUCGAUGUUCUCUAUUUCGAUUUAUAUUUAUCUCCGACUCCACCUGUUGCACGACCAUUUCCGAUUUUAUAUUUUCGUAACCUUUUUUCUUUUCCUGGAGAUUAUGCUCGGGUGUUGUCUUAUUUGGUGCACGACUGCAGUCUCGAAUCGUGGCGCCACUCAUUUGAUUCGGCUGAGCAAGUUUUGGUUUGGUUUUAACGUCGGCGUGCAGGUAAAAUAAACAACUUUUGGGUGAAAUUUAUUGAUUGUAUAAAAACCAACAAAUCAUGGCGGACAACUCGUGGCUUGAUGAAGAAUUGGCUGAACUCGAUCAGGCUGAACGACUUAUUCAUGAGACUUUGAAUGACUUUACACCAUACACAGUCCAAACUCAAGAUGAAAAGCCUAAGCAAGCGGCAAAACAAAGCAACUAUGCCAUGGCUGGUCCUUCGCCUGUCGAGAAUCCUUAUGCCAUGGCCGGACCUUCAAAGGUUACUAACACCAGUCCAAAAGCUGUGUCCGACGUAGACAAACUUACAAGUCAACUUCUACAAGGCUUAGAUACAGGAAAACGCAAGAAAUCUGACAAUAUUGAAGACUUCAAUCUUCCACCACCGCCCAACUUGGACGACUUCACAUUCUCACCGCCUUCACCAAUAAAGAGUCCGGAUCUUCCCCCACCUCCUCCGUCCGCUGUUCCCAACGUCUACUCCCCUCUUCCCCCUCCUCCAGCUCCCAAACCUUCCUCCCAGAUGUCUAAAGCAGCUCCACCUCCCGUCCUCCCAAAACCAUCAAAAUCAACUCCACUGACGAAAGAGUCAAAGAGAGGCGUCAACAGCAUCACUAUUGUGAGUCAAUUAAACAAACCGUCAUCUGCUCCUUCUCCUUCUCCUCCUGCUCCCACUCCCACCACUGCUCCUGCUCCAGAGCAAAAAUCCGCUCCGUAUGUUCCUCCAGCAUCCACCAGACCUUCAGUUGGUCCAGGAUCAAGAGCUGGAAUCCCAAAGGACAUCAAGAAGAACUCCGAGGAAGAACUUGACUUUCUCACCAAUAAUCUGCUGAAAAACAUGGAGAACCCGAGGGAUGAAGAAUUCUACGGUUACUGCGAACGUUGUAACGGUGUGGUUGAAGGAGAAAACGUUGGUUGUACCGCCAUGGACCGUACCUUCCAUAUUACUUGCUUCACUUGCCUAAAAUGCCAUCGCAAUCUGCACGGUGAACAGUUUUAUUGCGUUGAUAAAGAUCCGUGGUGUGAUAAAUGUUACAUGAACUCGUUGGAAAAAUGCACAGUCUGCAACGAAACCAUCACUGACAGGAUUCUUCGUGCUACAAACAAGCCGUACCACCCACAUUGCUUUCAGUGCGUGAUGUGCGGUAAGAGUCUUGACGGUGUCCCGUUUACAGUGGAUGAGAAGAAUGAGGUGCAUUGCGUAGAAGACUACCACAAGAAAUACGCACCACGUUGCUCUGUCUGCCAGGAAGCUAUUAUGCCAGAGAAAGGCAAAGAAGAGACCGUACGCAUCGUUGCCCUUGAACGAAGUUUCCACGUCGAUUGCUACAAAUGCGAGAAAUGCGCGGUCAAGUUGAAUUCGGAGAAAGAGGGCCGUGGAUGCUUUCCCCUUGACGGCCAUAUCUUCUGUCGGGAUUGCAACACCAAAAUCAUACAACACCUUUCUGCAUAAGAUCCAUUUGUUAACGGCUUAACGUUAUCAAAAACACCAUGAUUGCAUUUUAACGCUUAAGUAGGCCGACAGGAUUCAUUCCAUUUGAUCUCAUACUUUCUGCAUUCCAAAAUGUUUUUGUUUUAAGCUAUUGUUAACGAAAAUAUUCUUUGGCAGAUUUUAAUGAGUUAAAAAAGUUACCUGCACCUUUUGGUUUUAUAAUUGAUAAUGUAGCGGGCACGAUUAAUAUUGUAACUCAGUCUGUGUAAGCCACCGUUAAAAUGCCCCUUUUUAUGGAUUUGUAACACCUUUAUGUACUUUAUUUUUUGUGCUUUUGCGAAUUUUAUAUUUUACGCUGAUUUUUUGCCGCCGCUUUUGGUCUCUUUUAUAAGUUCAAAUAAGCACGGUUGAUUUUUCGUCAUAUACGCGUUGUACAUAAAGCGCCUGCAUGAAAAGUGAAUUCUAGUUGCCUUUACACAGCAUUACCGCAUAGCACUAGCGCUGUAGUCGCUUAUAUAUAAUUGUACAUUGCGACUGUCUGUAACUUCUAAUGUCCCAUAUUAGCCAAUGGCUAUUUACAUUUCCUUUGUUAAGUCUGAUAACUUUAACUAAACUUUGUUAAGGCCUCAUUGUGCAUUCAGCAACUCAUUGUGCUUCAGUAUUGUGAUUAUAAGUCCGAAUUGCAAAUAUUUUCAUAUUUUUACGAAUAUGUCUUACGGUUUUUACAUAAGGUUGCAUAGAGUGUAGAUUUUAACACUUUUUAUUGUUGUAGUACAUCGCGUUAACGUCGUUGCACUAGCCCAAUAUUAACUUUGUACAAUUGUCCUUGUGUAUACGUAAUUAGCUUUUGAGCCGCGCAAUUACUUGAUUGAUUAUCGUUCGAACUGGUUCUGGAUAUCAAGUUAUUAAGCAGUUUCAACACCUUGAGCUGCGGUUUUGUUAUUUGAUCUUUGUAAAAUUUAAUUUGUCGUUUACUUCCAUUAAUGUCGGUUGGCUCAUUAUUGUCAAUCGUGUAAUAAAAUAAUGAUUUUGAA